GAAUUUUAACAGUCAGACAGACGAUUUGCUGCAAUGUCCCUCGGAAGUUGGACCAUGGACAAUGACAUUGAGCGUGCGAUACGGACAACUCCUAUCAGUAUUACAAAUGAUGACCUCGAGAGACAACUGGAAGUCGAUGAGGCGUGUUUUGUAUGCUAUGAUAUUCUGCUGACGGCUGUUACCAUGGAUCGUUGUGCGCACAGAAUCUGUGGGUCCUGUGCAGACGAGCUGCUGGAGAGAUCAUGUCCCAUGUGUAGAGUAGACUUUGUGUCUGUCACAGUGGACGCUGAUACGAGACGGCGGAUGGGCGAGGUUCCUGCCAGAUGCACCAACCUGUGUGGUUUUCAGGGCACCGUACAUGACGUCCUCCAACAUAGGAAAAGUGACUGCCCAUCCCAAACGGUCUACUGUCGCCGUGAAGGCUGUAGCAGCACUGUGGAGAGGAGUAAGCUUGAUCAGCACGAGGAUCAGUGUGGCUACAAGAAGGUCACAUGCCCAUGUGGCUUUAAGACGACCAAGAUGUAUUUGGACCGGCACUUGGCGACAGAGUGUGCAGCACAACCUAUUCCAUGCCCAGUGGGCUGUGAAAAUGUUAUAGAAAGGGCCAAAGUAGUUACUCAUGUAGUGCAAGAGUGCCCACGCACAGUAAGCUCUUGCUCUGUCCCUGGCUGUGGUUUCGUGGGAAGGGCAGACGACAUGGCCGCCCACUCGGUUGCAGUGGCAGAGAAACACGUAAAGCUGCUAUUGCACCAUGCCACCCAGCUGAAGCUCGAACUUGCCAGUGGCAAGUUAAAGCGAUCGGAUGCAUCCCUUGUAUAUGGAAGAAUAGAGGCCAUGACCUUUACAAUUCCCGACCUGAAAAGAAAAAUUACAGAGGGAAGCACAGCAUUCACAUCACCUGAGUGUAUGCUUUUCAAUGGGAAAUGGCAGGUUUCACUGCAAAAGGACGAGACCACAGGGUGGCACAUCUACUUGUGCCUGGUGUCAAGGGCACUGCCGCUUCACCUGAAAGUCAUGUUUCUGCUGCUUGCACCGGGUCAGGGAGAAGAUCACGGCAUCUCUAUGACUGGAAAGGUGGAAGUUAGUGAAAACCGAAAAUACGGUGCACCCGUCACAAUUGCCAACCUUAUGGACUACAGUGAAGACAGCCGGCUAAUGAUUAAGGCUUUGCUCCAGGAAGUGUCUGCCACUGUUGUCUGAAACUUGAAUCAUACUUAAGAGCAGAUGUCUGUAAAAACAUCUAUUUUUUUUUAAUUGUUCCUCUUAUCAAACAUUCCUGUAAGUUCAUGUGAAUUCUAUGAUUACAAAUGUGUAAUUUAUGUUAAUUACAUGACGUCAUUGGACAAGAUAGUGGACCAUCAGUAACUCGGAUAUAAAGAGUUUUUUCUCUUAAAAUGCUGAAAGAUUUUUAAACUUAUAAUAGUUUAGUUUAUUGACAACACUCCAGGUACAUGGCAGCAUAUAAAAACACUGAAUUUAAAGCAAAGAAAACGAAAACUAAAGCUUUUUUCAAGUGGUAUGGAAACCUAUCUUGCACUUUAUAUGGUACACAGAAGUUGUUUCCCUUAUGUGUCAGCUUGAUGUACAUGCAUAUGUGAUAAUGUCUAUAUGAUAAUAACGUUAGUGACCCGCUUUCCUUCGGUGUAUAUGGUGUCAUAA